CGCCUGGCCAUGGGCUGCCUGCAGAGCGUGGCGUGCAAGGCGCGGGUGCGCAGGGAGAAUAUCGUGGUGUACGACGUGUCGGCCUCUAUUGAGCCCGGCGCCACCGCUAUCGAGGAGACGUCGCCCAUCGUGUUGCGCUACCGAACGCCCUACUUCCGCGCCGCCGCCCGUGUCCUCAUGCCUCCCAUCCCGCGCCGUCACACCUGGGUGGUGGGCUGGAUCCAGGCCUGCAACCACAUGGAGUUUUACAACACCUACAGCGACCUGGGCAUGUCAAGCUGGGAACUUCCAGACUUGAGGGAAGGACGUGUAAAAGCCAUCAGUGACUCUGAUGGAGUGAGCUACCCCUGGUAUGGGAACACUACAGAAACAGUGACUUUGAUUGGCCCCACCAAUAAAGUCUCCAGGUUCUCAGUCAGUAUGAAUGACAAUUUCUAUCCUAGCGUGACAUGGGCCGUCCCCGUGAGUGACAGUAAUGUGCCACUACUAACCAGGAUCAAACGGGAUCAAAGCUUUACUACAUGGCUAGUAGCUAUGAAUAUGACCACCAAGGAAAAAAUUAUCUUGCAGACUAUAAAAUGGAGGAUGCGAGUAGAUAUUGAAGUUGAUCCCAUGCAGCUCUUGGGCAAGCGAGCCCGGCUGGUGGGGAGGACUCAGCAAGACCAGCCCAAAAUUCUGAGCAGAAUGGAACCCAUCCCACCAAAUGCACUAGUGAAACCCAAUGCCAAUGAUGCCCAGGUCCUCAUGUGGAGGCCCAAGAGAGGCCUGCCUUUGGUAGUGAUACCACCCAAAUAGAGGACAUAUUUGUACAAUGAGGGCUUUUGCCACCACUGGUGUAGAUAUCUGAGCCAAAGAAGAGCUCUCAUGUUCACCUGCCUUUUGCAAAUGUAAGUGGGAAGAGGGCUUCUUCAAAACAGUGUUACCUGGCAAUGGCCAGUGCUGUGCCACACUAGAAUACUUGGGAAGAAGAGCUUAUGUUGUUCCACACUUCAAGAGUAUU